AUGACAGGCAGAGAAAUUCUCCAUAAGAUGAAGGCUGGAAUUUGCGGAGCUGACACGGGCAGAGGUAAAAGCAAGAUGUGGAAGAACAUCGCGCACGGUUUUCACUUUGUCAAAGGCAAAGCAGGCCAUCCGAUGGAAGACUAUGUUGUAUCUGAAUUCAAGAAAGUGGACGGCCAAGACUUGGGUUUGUUUGCUAUCUUUGAUGGUCACUUAGGGCAUGAUGUGGCCAAGUACUUGCAGACCAAUCUCUUUGACAACAUACUCAAAGAGAAGGAUUUUUGGAGUGAUACGGAUAAUGCUAUAAGGAAUGCAUACAUAUCAACAGAUGCUGCGAUAUUAGAGCAGUCACUUAAACUUGGCAAAGGCGGAUCAACCGCCGUAACUGGAAUUCUGAUUGAUGGGCAAAAGCUAGUGGUUGCUAAUGUUGGAGACUCACGAGCAGUGAUGUCAAAGAAUGGUGUUGCAUCUCAGCUCUCGGUUGAUCAUGAACCAAGCAAGGAGCAAAAGGAAAUAGAGAGCCGUGGUGGCUUUGUAUCGAAUAUUCCAGGGGAUGUUCCAAGAGUUGAUGGACAGUUAGCGGUUGCGAGGGCUUUUGGAGAUAAGAGCUUAAAGAUACAUUUAAGCUCAGAACCAGACAUCACACACGAGACGAUUGACGAUGAGACAGAGUUCAUUGUUUUCGCGAGUGAUGGAAUUUGGAAGGUGAUGUCGAACCAAGAAGCUGUGGACACGAUCAAAAGCAUAAAAGAUCCACAAGCGGCAGCGAAAGAGUUGAUAGAAGAAGCAAUCUCUAAGAAAAGCAAAGACGACAUCUCUUGUAUUGUUGUAAG